CUGGUCUAUCGGCUGCUGUGAGUGCAAGUGUGCUGUGAUUCGUGGCGUACGCUGGAAAUGUUCUGAGUGUAACGAGCUCGACCUCUGCACUGACUGCUACAUGAACGACAAGCACCUAACAGAGCAUAGGUUUCUCAGGAUAGAUCGACCUAAUGAGAGUAGUGUUCUAGUCCAGCCUCGAUCUGAAUAUUCAGACCAGAAGGUUCAGUCACGUGGUAUCUUCAGACGUGCCACAGUGUCACGUGGUUUGGACUGGAAGUAUGGUGAACAGGAUGGCGUUCCAGGUAACGCAGGUAAGGUGAUAGACAUCACUGAUGGGGUGGGAAGCGGCAGAAGUCACGUGAGAGUGCUGUGGUCAACUUAUGGGAGAAACUUUUUUUACCGCUUGGGACACGGAGGUCAGGUCGACCUUAAGUUUGUAAAACCUGGGAUGGGAUUAAUCUUUUAUAAAGGUCAUCUUCCCAUAUUAGGUAAAUCACUGAAACCACCUGCAAGGUUUAAAGUUGGAGAUCAGGUUACCUGUGAGAUUUCCGAGAACAAACUAAAAAACCUUCAGCUCAACCACGGAGGAUGGAGAGAUGAAGACAAUAAGUACCUCAAACAGAAAGGGCAAGUUUUCUCCAUUGACGAUUAUGGCGAUGUUUUAGCUGUCUUUAAAGAUGGUAGAAGGAUUACAUUUAAUCCUGAGGCUUUGACUUUUCUUCAACCGCUUACUGUAGCUGACAUGCUGACUGACCCCAUCAGCUUACAGGUGCUUCGAAUGGACAUCAACAAAGCUUGGGUCGUCAAAGCCCUGGAGAGGAGACUCGUGGAGCACGGCCAAAACUUUGAAACAGCUCAGUCUCUGGCUGAAGCCGCCCGAAGAGAAGACCGCGCUGAACAUACAACAGCGGUACCUAACCCUAGCGUGGUCACAAGGCUCAGCAUGGAGAACAGGAAGUUGAGGGAACAGCUGAAGUGUAAGAUCUGUUUAGAGAGAGAGCGGUGAAAAUCACGUUUCAGCCCUGCGGGCACCUGGCAUGCUGCGGUGACUGUUCAGCUCAGUUGGUCACGUGUCCUAUCUGUCGGGCUGUCGUGGUCUCGAGACUCGUUACAUACGUGUCUUAAUGAGACCUUGAACUGAACAUUAA